AUGGUUUCUUCAACUAAAACCUUUUCCAUAGCUUUGUUGAGUGUUUUUCUCUUCCUCUUCCCAUCAGGAUUAUAUGCAAGGACUUUGACCAUCACCAACAAAUGCAGCUACACAGUGUGGCCAGCAGUUUUAUCCGCCGCCGGAAGCUCGCCGCUAUCCACAACCGGCUUCGCCCUCCUACCAGGUGAGUCCAACACUCUCUCUGUGCCUCCCGCUUGGUCCGGCCGGUUGUGGGGUCGGACCCUUUGCUCCAUCGAUAUCACCGGCAAGUUCUCAUGCGUCACCGGUGACUGUGGCACCUCAACGAUAGAAUGCGCCGGCGCGAAUCCCGCGCCACCAGUUACUCUUGUGGAGUUUGAUUUUAACGGGACCGGCCAGAUCAACUUAUACUACAUCAACCUGGUGGAAGGUUUCAACCUUCCGGUGAGGGUGGUUCCCAGGGGUGGAAACUGUUCAGCGACGGGUUGCUCCUCGGACUUGAACGCGAUGUGUCCAAUGGAGCUUACGGUGAUUAGGGAUGGAGAGGCCGUGGCUUGCAAGAGCACGUGCCGAACUGAACCAUGCUCUAGUACACUGUUUUUCAAGACUGCAUGUUCUGGGGCUCGUGUCUACGCUCACGAUCAUGGCUUCUUCACUUGUUCUUCUCCUCAUUAUACACUCACCUUUUGUCCCACUUCCAACAGGUAA